UAUUUUUUUCAAAAUUUUAUCGUGAUCUCUCACAUGUUUUUAUGGAGAAAAGUGAUUGGAUGUCUCUCAUUUCGCGAUAUAGAAUUAUCACAGCUUUAAUUCGUCAAGCGAGGGUUACGAAAUAUGAAAAGAGGGACAAAGUGUGUUGUACAAACUAUUAAUCUGUCCAAUCCGAAAACAUGCAUAAGACCGAAGGUUCAAAGAACCACUAGCGUGGAUACGGAUUCUUGCGAUCCUAAUCGUGCAAGCCCAAAUGCUAGACCAGUGGCAGUUAAAGUUUACACAUGGAAAGACGCUCAAUGGAAGUAUUCGCCAAAGUUCUGCGAACCUUUUCCGAAGAAGUCUCCGCCGUCUACGACCAACACAAUACUUUGCAGGGCUGCGGCGUUUUUUAUAAAAGGCGCUAUCGUUGCUGGUCUCAUCUGUUGGACCUGUUCGGAAGGUCUUUGGGGCAACAAUACCGAAACGGAAGAGCUGUAUUACAGAAUGAUGAGCGUGAUUUUUCCUGAUCGGCAGACAAGUUUGCCGCGUUUCAAGGAACUAAAACACUCCGUGUUCGAAACGUACAAUGAUAUGUUGGUGAAAGGUAUGGAUAUCAUGGUCAGUGUGCCACGCGAUGUGUAUCGAAGACUGCAAGAAUUCUUGUUCCCGUGCGGUGCAACGAAGGAAAGAAAGAGGGCGAAAUGCUUUGACGAGAAUUGAGCGGAAAUAUCAUUUCGCAAAUUGUCAAAUUCGUGUCAAAUUUCGAGAUACCGAUGUGGAUGUACAUGAUACGAUAUUUCCUUUACAAAAAAUUUGUAUGGAACUUUUAGUUUGGUAU